UGGGCCGGGUAAGUGAAAACACCCUCUCGAGCCCAUAUUCUGAUCCAACCCAUUUAAGGUAUAUACCACAUCAUCGGUUACAACGAUUUCAAUUUUAGGGUUUUUUUUCCGUUUUUCACUAUCACUGCAUAGCUGCGCUUGCAUCAGAGAAAUGGCUAGAAUCAAGGUGUACGAGUUGAGGAACAAAACCAAAGCGGAUUUGCUGAACCAGCUCAAGGAUCUGAAGGCGGAGCUUGCUUUGCUCCGAGUGGCCAAAGUCACCGGCGGCGCACCUAACAAGCUAUCCAAAAUUAAAGUUGUGAGGCUUUCGAUUGCGCAAGUGUUGACUGUGAUUUCACAGAAGCAGAAAGCGGCACUUAGAGAGGUUUACAAGAAUAAGAAGUAUUUGCCACUUGAUCUUCGUCCCAAGAAGACCCGUGCCAUUAGAAGACGCCUUACCAAAAACCAGGCAUCAUUGAAGACAGAACGUGAGAAGAAGAAGGAGAUAUACUUUCCAUUAAGAAAGUAUGCAAUCAAGGCAUAGGCUAGGAUUGCAUUCUAGUUGCAUUUGUAGACCUGUUAUUUAAAAUAUUGAAACUUUGAGGUUUGAUUAAUUGUCACUUUAUUUGUGUUCCAAUUUUUGUUCUAUUCAAUUUUCUGGUUUCCAUUAUA